AUGGCAGAGGAAUAAGCAGCCAUGGCAGCCAUGGUCCCCCUGGUGAAGCUGAAAUGGCUUGAGCAUCUCAACAGCUCCUGGAUCACGGAGGACAGCGAGUCCAUUGCGACGAGGGAGGGAGUCUCGGUCCUGUACGCAAAACUAGUCAGCAACAAAGAAGUGGUGCCGCUGCCCCAGCAGGUCCUCUGCCUCAAAGGGCCCCAGUUGCCGGACUUCGAGCGCGAGUCCUUGUCGAGCGAUGAGCAGGACCACUACCUGGAUGCCCUUCUCAGCAGCCAGCUGGCCCUGGCUAAGAUGGUGUGCUCGGACUCUCCCUUCGCUGGGGCCCUUCGGAAGCGACUGCUCGUGCUGCAGAGAAUCUUUUACGCACUUUCUAACAAAUACCACGACAAAGGCAAGGUGAAGCAGCAACAGCAUUCUCCAGAAAGCAGUUCCGGCUCCACGGAUAUCCAUUCUGUGAGCGAGCGGCCGAGAUCCAGCACAGAUGCGCUGAUCGAAAUGGGGGUCCGGACCGGGCUAAGCUUGUUGUUUGCGCUGCUGAGGCAGAGCUGGAUGAUGCCGGCUUCGGGCUCGGGGCUCAGCCUCUGCAAUGAUGUCAUCCACACUGCGAUUGAAGUGGUGAGCUCUUUGCCGCCCUUGUCCCUGGCAAACGAAAGUAAGAUCCCCCCCAUGGGACUGGACUGCCUGUCUCAAGUGACCACCUUCCUCAAAGGAGUGACGAUCCCUAACUCUGGGGCGGACACUCUGGGGCGGAGGCUGGCUUCCGAGCUGCUGCUUGGCCUGGCUGCCCAGCGGGGCUCUCUGCGCUAUCUCCUGGAGUGGAUCGAGAUGGCCCUCGGGGCGUCGGCGGUGGUGAACACCAUGGAGAAGAGCAGAACCCUGCAGGCGCAAGAAGGGAUGAUCAGCUUUGAUUGUUUCAUGAACAUCCUCAUGCAGAUGAGGCGCUCGUUGGGAUCAUCUGCUGAUCGAAGUCAGUGGAGAGAACCGACAAGGACCUCGGACGGCCUCUGCUCUCUCUAUGAGGCAUCUUUGUGCCUCUUUGAAGAGGUUUGUCGCAUGGCGUCAGACUACUCUAGGACGUGUGCCAGUCCAGACAGUAUUCAGACGGGUGAUGCUUCCGUCGUUUCCGAGACCUGUGAAGUGUACGUUUGGGGCAGCAACAGCAGCCACCAGCUUGUGGAAGGGACGCAAGAGAAGAUCCUUCAGCCUAAGCUGGCUCCCAGUUUUUCUGAUGCUCAGACAAUUGAAGCUGGCCAAUACUGCACUUUUGUGAUAUCUACGGACGGCUCUGUCCGAGCUUGUGGCAAAGGCAGCUACGGCCGGCUGGGGCUGGGCGAUUCCAACAAUCAGUCCACUCUGAAAAAACUUACCUUUGAGCCUCACCGGUCGAUCAAGAAGGUGUCGUCCUCCAAAGGCUCCGACGGCCACACGUUGGCCUUCACCACAGAAGGAGAGGUCUUCAGCUGGGGUGACGGUGACUAUGGCAAACUAGGCCAUGGGAACAGCUCAACCCAGAAGUAUCCCAAACUGAUCCAGGGCCCUUUGCAAGGGAAGGUUGUUGUCUGCGUUUCAGCUGGAUACCGGCACAGUGCCGCCGUUACAGAAGAUGGCGAAUUAUAUACUUGGGGUGAAGGCGACUUCGGUAGACUAGGUCAUGGUGACAGCAACAGCCGUAACAUUUCAACUUUAGUCAAAGAUAUUAGCAACGUGGGAGAGGUCUCCUGUGGCAGCUCGCACACCAUCGCUUUAUCCAAAGACGGGCGGACGGUGUGGUCGUUUGGAGGAGGAGAUAAUGGCAAGCUCGGUCACGGCGACACCAACCGAGUCUAUAAACCAAAAGUGAUAGAAGCCUUGCAAGGAAUGUUCAUACGGAAGGUUUGCGCUGGAAGUCAGUCAUCACUGGCGCUCACGUCCACGGGGCAGGUGUACGCCUGGGGCUGCGGUGCCUGCCUCGGCUGUGGCUCCUCAGAAGCAACUGCGCUCAGGCCCAAGUUGAUUGAAGAGCUAGCCGCGACCCGGAUCGUGGAUAUUUCCAUUGGAGACAGCCACUGCUUGGCUCUUUCCCACGAUAAUGAGGUUUACGCCUGGGGCAACAAUUCCAUGGGGCAGUGCGGCCAGGGAAAUUCCACGGGCCCCCUCACAAAACCCAAGAAAGGGAGCGGUCUCGACGGAGUGGCGAUUCAGCAGAUUUCGGCCGGGACCUCUCACAGCCUUGCCUGGACAGCCCUUCCUAGAGACAGACAAGUUGUGGCCUGGCAUAGACCUUACUGCGUGGACCUUGAAGAAAGCACCUUCUCGCAUCUCCGUUCUUUUCUUGAGCAGUACUGCGACAAAAUCAACAGCGAGGUUCCUCCUCUGCCUUUCCCUUCGUCCAGGGAGCACCACAAUUUCCUGAAGCUCUGUCUGAAGUUGCUUUCUAACCAUCUUGCUCUGGCCUUAGCUGGUGGAGUCGCUACGAGCAUCCUCGGGAGGCAGGCCGGCCCGCUUCGGAAUUUGUUGUUUAGAUUGAUGGACUCUUCUGUCCCAGAUGAAAUCCAGGAGGUGGUCAUCGAGACGCUGUCGGUGGGAGCCACAAUGCUGCUGCCCCCUUUGAGGGAAAGAAUGGAAUUGCUGCACUCCCUCCUCCCCCAGGGGCCCGACAGGUGGGAGAGCUUGUCGAAAGGGCAGAGAAUGCAGUUGGAUAUCAUACUGACGAGUUUGCAGGAUCAUACCCACGUAGCCUCCUUACUCGGCUACAGCUCGCCGUCUGACGCCACGGAUGUUUCCUCGCUGUGCAUCGCUUAUGGAAAUAUCUCCGACCCAACAUACAGCGCCCAGAGUAACCAUCCGGACACUCACCUGGCCGAAAUUUUAAUGAAGACUCUCUUGCGGAAUUUAGGGUUUUAUACGGACCAGGCCUUCGGAGAGCUGGAGAAGAACAGCGACAAGUUUUUGCUCGGGACGUCCUCCUCCGAAAACAGCCAGCCUGCCCACCUCCACGAGCUGCUGUGUUCCCUGCAGAAACAGCUCCUGGCUUACUGUCACAUUAACAGUGUCAGCGAGACCUCCAGCAGCGUGGCGCUCCUCCACAAGCACCUCCAGCUGCUCCUUCCUCAUGCCACGGACAUCUACUCACGCUCGGCCACUCUGCUGAAGGAAAGCUCUUGGAACGGCAGCGUUGGGGAGAAGUUGAGAGAUGUGGUCUACGUGUCCGCAGCGGGAAGCAUGCUCUGCCAGAUCGCAAACGCCUUGCUGCUGCUCCCAGUGUCGGUCGCUCGGCCUCUCUUGAGCUACCUGCUCGACCUGCUGCCCCCCUUGGACCGCCUGAAUAGACUGCUGCCUGCUGCCGUGCUGCUAGAAGAUCAGGAGCUGCAGUGGCCUCUUCACGGUGGGCCCGAGCUUGUCGAUCCUGCCGGUGGUCCCUUACCGCAGCCGGCCCAAUCAUGGGUGUGGCUGGUGGACCUGGAGAGGACAAUCACUCUGCUCAUUGGGCGCUGCCUGGGUGGAAUGCUGCAGGGCUCCCCUGUGUCCCCCGAGGAACAAGAUACCGCUUACUGGCUGAAAACGCCACUGUUCAGCGAUGGCGUCGAAAUGGAUAUCCCCCAGCUGGACAAAUCCAUGAGUUCCUUGCUGGAGGUCGCCCUCUCUGGCAACGAAGAGCAGAAGCCGUUUGACUACAAGCUUCACCCGGGCGUCUCUGUCUUUGUGGACUUGGCCUUGGGCUGUGCCAAGGAGCCUGCCCGGAGCCUCUGGAUGAGCAUGCAGGACUACGCCAUCAGCAAAGACUGGGACAGUGCCACCUUAAGCAACGAGUCGCUCUUGGAUACCGUGUCUCGAUUUGUUCUUGCUGCUCUGCUCAAACAUACGAAUUUACUUAGUCAAGCGAGUGGCGAGAGCAGGUAUCAGCCUGGCAAAGCACUAGUAGAGGUGUACCGGAGUGUCUACAAAGUUCGGAGUCGUUUACUCGCUUGCAAGAACAUGGAACUUAUUCAGACGAGGUCGUCCUCUAGAGAGAGAUGGAUGUCAGAAAAUCCAGAGUCUGCAGACCAAGAUGCCCAGGAGCAUUCCUUCACUCGGACCAUCGAUGAAGAAGCAGAAAUGGAAGAGCAGGCGGAAAGAGAGCGGGGAGAGGGGCACCUGGAGCAAGAAGACGAAGAGGAGGAGAGGGAGCAUGAAGUUAUGACCGCAGGCAAAAUAUUUCAAUGUUUCCUAUCAGCCCGUGAAGUCGCUCGCAGCCGAGACCGAGAGCGAAUAAACGGUGGGGCGGGUGCUCGCGCGGAGGAGCAGCCCCCACAGUCCCAGCAGGAGCGCCGAGGCAGCAGAGACCUCCCCGAGGGCCAGGACGUGUACACCGCCGCCUGCAACUCCGUGAUCCACCGGUGCGCUCUGCUAAUCCUGGGCGUCAGCCCCGUGGUGGAGGAGCUGCAGAAGCGGCGAGAGGAGGGGCCGCUGCAGCAGCCGUCAGCGGGCACGCCGGAAGGGACCGGGCUGAUGACCAGAAGUGAAAGUCUUACUGCAGAGACUCGGUCAGUCCACUCCACUUCCAGUUACAAACUGAUGAAAUCCAGGAGUGAAUCUGAUUUAUCUCAGCCUGAAUCGGAUGAAGAGGGUUAUUCGCUGAGCGGAAGGCGAAAUGUGGAUUUGGACUUGGCGUCGUCGCACAGAAAGAGGGGGGUCGUCCACAGCCCCAUGGAAGCCCUGAGCGACUCAUGGACGCGGCUGAGGCACAGCAGGGACUGGCUGUACAGCUCCGCUUGCUCCUUCGGGGAGUCGGAUGUGGACUUCACCAGAUCCGUCGGGGUCCACACGUUGAUCGAGAACGUCGUCAGCUUUGUGAGCGGGGACGUGGGCAACCCCCCAGGCUUCAAGGAGCCUGAGGAAAGUAUGUCGACGAGCCCCCAGGCCUACAUUGUCGCCAUGGAGCAGCAGCAGCUGAGAGCAGAGCUGCGUUUGGAAGCUCUCCACCAGAUCCUGGUGCUGCUUUCUGGGAUGGAAGAGAAAGGCAGCCCCCCCUCCGGAGGGAGCCGCCAAGGGCCGGGGUUCCCAUCUUCUUCGCUUCUCACUUCGGUGAGGCUUCAGUUCCUGGCCGGGUGCUUCGGCUUGGGCACCGUCGGGCAGGCAGGAGCCAAAGGGGAGAGCGUCCGACUCCAUCACUAUCAGGAUGGCAUCAGGGCAGCGAAAAGGAGCAUCCAGACUGAAAUACAGGUGGCCGUGCACAAGAUUUAUCAGCAGUUAUCCGCAACGCUGGAAAGAGCUCUCCAGGCAAAUAAGCACCACAUAGAGGCCCAGCAGCGCCUCCUGCUGGUGACCGUGUUUGCCCUGAGCGUCCAUUACCAGCCUGUCGACGUCUCCUUGGCCAUUUCCACCGGCUUGUUGAAUGUCCUGUCCCAGUUGUGCGGCACAGACACCAUGCUUGGCCAGCCCCUGCAGCUCCUGCCCAAGAGCGGCAUCUCCCAGCUCAGCACAGCUUUAAAAGUAGCCAGCACCAGGCUCCUUCAGAUCCUCGCCAUCACCACCGGCACCUACGCCGACAAACUGAGUCCCAAAGUGGUCCAGUCUCUGCUGGAUCUGCUGUGCAGCCAGCUGAAAAACCUCCUGUCGCAAGCCGGAGUGAUGCUUCUGGCUUCCUUUGGGGAGAAAGAAGACGGGGAAGAGGAGGAGGAGGUGGAGGAGGAGGAAAAGGCUGAGGCCAACGGAGAGAGUGAGAGGAAGGACUUCAGAGUGGCCCUCCGGAAACAGCACGCUGCGGAGCUGCACCUGGGAGACUUCUUAGUUUUCCUGAGAAGGGUUGUUUCCUCCAAGGCCAUUCAGUCCAAAAUGGCCUCUCCCAAGUGGACGGAGGUGCUUCUGAACAUCGCCUCUCAGAAAUGCUGCUCAGGUGUGCCCUUGGUCGGCAACUUGAGAACCCGGCUGCUUGCAUUACACGUUCUAGAGGCUGUCCUGCCUGCAUGUGAAUCGGGCGUGGAGGAUGAUCAGAUGGCACAGGUGGUGGAGCGGCUCUUCUCCCUUCUGUCGGACUGCAUGUGGGAGAGCCCAGUGGCUCAAGCCAAGCACGUCGUCCAGAUCAAGGAGAAGGAGCAAGAGAUGAAGCUGCAGAAGCAGGGAGAAUCUGAAGAGGAGGACGAGAACCUCCCCAUCCAGGAAGUGUCCUUCGAUCCGGAGAAAGCGCAGUGCUGCUUAGUGGAGAACGGGCAGAUCUUGACUCAUGGCAGCGGAGGGAAAGGCUACGGCUUGGCGUCCACUGGAGUCACUUCUGGCUGCUACCAGUGGAAGUUCUACAUUGUGAAGGAGAACCGAGGCAACGAAGGCACGUGCGUCGGCGUGUCUCGCUGGCCAGUCCAUGAUUUUAAUCACCGCACAACCUCCGACAUGUGGCUGUACAGAGCGUAUAGUGGCAAUCUCUACCACAACGGGGAGCAGACCUUGACGCUGACCAGUUUCACCCAAGGGGACUUCAUCACCUGCGUGCUGGAUAUGGAAGCCAGAACCAUUUCGUUUGGCUAUAACGGAGAGGAGCCAAAGCUGGCCUUUGAAGAUGUGGAUGCUGCAGAAUUAUACCCUUGUGUGAUGUUUUAUAGCAGCAACCCUGGAGAAAAGGUCAAAAUCUGUGACAUGCAGAUGCGCGGCACCCCAAGGGACUUGCUGCCAGGGGACCCCAUCUGCAGCCCCGUUGCCACCGUGCUUGCGGAGGCUACGAUCCAGCUCAUCCGCAUCCUCCACCGGACGGACCGGUGGACGCACUGCAUCAACAAGAAGAUGAUGGAGCGGCUACGCAAGAUCAAAGGGUGCCUCAAAGAGGGAGGCCAGAAGCUGAAGAAGAGCCGCUCCCUCCAGAGCCGAGAUGAGAACGAGGCCCGCGAGGAGAAGGAGGAGGGCAAGGAGGAGGAGAAGGGCAAGCAUGGCAGCCGGCACGGGCUGGCCGACCUCUCCGAGCUCCAGCUGAAGACCCUCUGCGUGGAGGUGUGGCCCGUGCUGGCCGUGAUUGGCGGAGUCGACGCGGGGCUCCGCGUGGGGGGCCGGUGCGUUCACAAGCAAACUGGGCGGCAUGCCACCCUGCUCGGCGUGGUCAAAGAAGGCAGCACGUCCGCCAAGGUCCAGUGGGACGAAGCGGAGAUCACCAUCAGCUUCCCAACUUUUUGGUCGCCUAGUGAUACGCCCUUGUAUAACCUGGAGCCUUGUGAGUCCCUGCCCUUUGAUGUUGGGAGGUUCCGGGGGCUGACAGCCGCCGUGUUGCUGGACCUGACCUUCCUGACGGGCAUCUACGAAGACCCAGGGAAGCCCAGCGCCAAGCGCCACGAGAAGAAACACAAGCACGAGGCGGAAGACAAGGGAGAGGUGGACCUGAAAGCGGAAACAGACUCUGCCUUGGAGGCCCGGUUGGUGCCAAGCGCCGAGGAGGUCAAAGGACACGGAGCUACCAGUUCAAAAUCGGACAGCGAGAUGGCUUCCUUUUCUUUAGAAUCUGUUUCCUUAGGUAUGGAUUGCCAGCAUCCGAAUGCUGAGGGCAAAAGGAAGAAUCAUGAGCACGCGUCCAAGAAUCAUGACGUGGCACAAUCAGAAAUCCGAGCGGUGCAGCUCUCCUAUCUUUACCUCAGUGCCAUGAAAUCGCUCAGCACUCUUCUCAGUUGCAGUAAAUACGCUGAGCUGUUGCUAAUCCCGAAAGUCUUGGCAGAGAGCGGCCACAACUCCGACUGUGCCAGUUCUCCCAUCGUUCACGAAGACGUUGAAAUGCGCGCUGCCUUGCAGUUCUUGAUGCGCCACAUGGUGAAGCGGGCAGUCAUGCGCUCUCCCAUCAAGAGGGCGCUCGGGCUGGCGGAUUUGGAGCGGGCGCAAGCCAUGAUCUACAAGCUGGUGGUUCACGGGCUGUUGGAGGACCAGAAUGGCAGCAGAGUUAAACCAGAAUUGGAUCAGCAAGUGGAAGAAAGCGACCCGGCUCAGCAGGCUCAGACCCCCGUCACAACGAGUCCUUCUGCUUCCAGCACAACCUCUUUCAUGAGCAGCUCUCUGGAAGACACCACCACAGCCACCACACCUGUCACGGACACGGAAACGGUGCCUGCCCCAGAGUCGCCCGGCGUGAUGCCCCUCAGCCUCCUUAGGCAAAUGUUCUCCAGCUACCCAACAACGACGGUGCUUCCGACGAGACGUGCGCAGACGCCACCCAUUUCCUCCUUGCCGACCUCUCCCUCUGACGAGGUGGGCCGGAGGCAAAGCCUUACCUCUCCCGACUCGCAGUCUGCCAGGCCCACCAACCGCACAGCUCUGUCAGAUCCAAGCAGCCGCCUUUCGACGUCUCCCCCGCCUCCUGCGAUUGCCGUGCCCUUGUUAGAAAUGGGAUUCUCCCUCCGUCAGAUUGCAAAAGCGAUGGAAGCCACAGGUGCAAGAGGGGAAGCCGACGCCCAGAAUAUCACAGUCCUGGCCAUGUGGAUGAUUGAGCAUCCCGGGAACGAGGAAGACGAAGAGCCUCAGUCAGAAGAAACGGCAGACCCCCGGCGCCAUGGGUCGAUCGUCUCUGGGGGCAACGGGAAGUCUAGUGAGCAGGGCUACUUGCAGUCUCCGGGGGACAUCCCUUCAGCCGACGCCACUGAAAUGGAGGAAGGCUUUAGUGAGAGCCACGAGAAUAUGGACCACGCAGAAAAUGCAGCCUCCGGAAGUGGACCUGCUUCGAGGGGCCGGUCAGCAGUGACCAGGAGGCACAAAUUUGACUUAGCAGCUCGGACACUGCUGGCACGUGCAGCGGGAUUGUACCGCUCUGUACAGGCUCACAGGAAUCAGACUCGGAGGGAGGGUAUUUCCUUGCCGCAAGACCCUGGAGCCCUGUAUGACUUCAACUUGGACGAGGAGUUAGAAAUCGACCUGGACGACGAAGCCAUGGAGGCCAUGUUUGGGCAGGAGCUGGCCAGCGAGAACGACAUUCUGGGAAUGUGGAUCCCAGAGGUAUUGGAUUGGCCAACCUGGCAUGUGUGUGAGUCGGAAGACAGGGAAGAAGUCGUGGUGUGCGAGCUGUGCGAAUCCAGCGUUGUCAGCUUCAAUCAGCACAUGAAGAGGAACCACCCAGGCUGUGGGCGCAGUGCCAACCGGCAAGGGUACCGCAGCAACGGCUCCUACGUGGACGGAUGGUUUGGGGGCGAAUGCGGAAGUGGGAAUCCCUACUACCUCUUGUGCGGCAGCUGCCGGGAAAAGUAUUUGGCCUUGAAGAGCAAGUCCAAGACGUCUGCCUCAGACAGGUACAAAGGGCAGGCGCCGGACCUGAUCGGGAAGCAGGACAGUGUCUACGAAGAAGACUGGGACAUGCUGGAUGUUGACGAGGAUGAAAAGCUGACCGGCGAAGAGGAGUUUGAGCUCUUGGCCGGACCUCUUGGGCUAAACGACCGCCGCAUCGUGCCUGAGCCCGUUCAGUUUCUGGAUAGCGACCCCCUGGGCUCCUCCGUCGCCAUGGUCACGGCCACCAACAGCAUGGAGGAAACACUGAUGCAAAUCGGCUGCCACGGUUCCAUCGAGAAGAGCUCUUCCGGCAGAAUCACUCUGGGAGAGCAAGCGGCCGCCCUGGUCAGUCCCCAUGACCGCGUCAUGGCCCUGCGGAGGGUGACGGCCGCGGCUCAGGUCCUCCUGGCCAGAACGAUGGUGAUGCGGGCCUUGUCCUUGCUCUCGGUCAGUGGUUCCAGCUGCAGCCUGGCUGCCGGGCUGGAGUCUCUGGGUCUCACCGACAUCCGGACUCUGGUGCGCCUGAUGUGCCUGGCCGCAGCCGGGAGGGCGGGCCUUUCCACCAGCUCCUGCUCCGCGUCCGUCUCCUCGGAGAGGUCUCGCGGCAUGCACAGCAAGAUGAGCAAGCCCAUCUCCUGCUUGGCCUACCUCAGCACCGCCGUGGGCUGCCUGGCUUCCAACACCCCGAGCGCCGCCAAGCUGCUGGUUCAGCUCUGUACCCAGAACCUAAUUUCAGCAGCUACAGGUGUCAAUUUAACUACAGUGGACGACCCGAUGCAGCGGAAAUUCCUGCCCAGCUUCCUGCGGGGAAUCGCAGAAGAGAACAAGCUCGUGACGUCCCCCAACUUUGUUGUGACUCAAGCCCUUGUGGCCUUGUUGGCUGACAAAGGGGCCCGGCUGAGGCCCAACUAUGAUAAAGCUGAAGUGGAAAAGAAAGGCCCCCUGGAGCUGGCUAACGCACUAGCCGCUUGCUGCCUUUCUUCAAGGUUAUCCUCGCAGCACCGGCAGUGGGCCGCCCAGCAGCUGGUGCGGACGCUCGCCGCCCACGACCGGGACAACCAGGCCAGCCCCCAGACCCUGGCUGAUGUGGGCGGAGACCUGCGGAAGUGCUCCUUCAUCAAGCUGGAAGCUCACCAGAACAGGGUGAUGACCUGUGUGUGGUGCAAUAAAAAAGGACUUCUGGCAACCAGUGGGAAUGAUGGGACAAUUCGUGUUUGGAACGUUACGAAGAAGCAGUACUCUUUGCAGCAGACGUGCGUCUUCAAUAAAACGGAAGGCGAGGCCGAGGACAGCCUGGGGUCACCCAGCGAUCCUUGCUUGUCUCUGGUUUGCUGGAGCGUCAGCGGCAAGUAUCUGGCUGGCGCCCUGGAAAAGGUGGUGAACGUCUGGCAAGUCAAUGGUGGGAAAGGUCUCUUGGACACCCAGCCUCACUGGGUGUCUGCUCUCACGUGGCCAGAGGAAAGCCCAGCGACAUCCUGGACAGGAGAGACUCCAGAACUGCUGCUUGUCGGCCGCGUGGACGGGUCUCUUGGGCUGAUCGAAAUUUUAGACAUUUCCACCAUGCGCAGAGUAGAGCUGGAGCACUGCUACAGAAAGGAUGUGUCCGUCACCUGCCUUGCCUGGUUCAGCGAAGACAAGCCUUUCGCAAUCGGCUAUCUGGACGGGAAAUUGCUGAUAGGGACAAGAGAGCCGCUGGAGAAAGGAGGAAUUGUUCUGGUCGAUGCGCACAAGGACACCAUCGUUAACUUAAAGUGGGACCCGACAGGGAAGAUCCUCAUGACGUGUGCCAAGGAAGAAUCAGUCAAACUCUGGGGACACUUGGGGGGCUGCUGGCAGCAUUUGUACUCCCUUUCUCACCACGCGGUUGUGAACACCAUCGCCUGGUGCAGCCUGCCCGGGAAAGGGCCAAAGCCGCACCUCUUGCUGGCCACAGGAUGCCAGAAUGGCUGGCUUUGUGUUUGGACGGUUCCCCAAGACGAGAUGAUCUUACUGCAGCCCAGUUUGAGUUGUUCGGAAGGAUGGUGGGAUGAGGAGACGAGUGGCAAGGACGUGUACAGGACGGUAGCAGAAGCCAAGUGCAUCUAUCAGCUGAAAGGGCAUAUCACUCCUGUCCGGACCGUGGCGUUCAGUUCGGACGGACUGACCUUGGUGUCAGGGGGGCUUGGAGGUCUUAUGAAUAUUUGGUCGCUGCGGGAUGGCUCAGUCUUGCAGAGUGUUGUGAUUGGUUCGGGAGCAAUCCAGACCACCGUGUGGAUCCCAGAGGUUGGCAUUGCUGCUUGUUCCAGCAGAUCAAAGGACGUGUUGGUGGUGAGCUGCACGUCUGAAUGGAUCUCCUCCAGCCACGUCCUCGCCACGUGCCGGACUGCCUUGAAGCAGCAGGGGAUCCUGGGACUCAACAUGGCGCCCUGCAUGAGGGCUUUCCUGGAGCGUCUGCCCCUGAUGCUGCAGGAGCAGUAUGCCUACGAAAAGCCCCACGUGGUUUGCGGAGACCAGCUGGUCCACAGUCCGUACAUGCAGUGCCUGGCCUCCCUGGCGGUGGGGCUCCGCCUCGACCAGCUCCUGUGCAACCCGCCUGUCCCGCCUCACCACCGGGCCUGCCUCCCUGACCCCUCCACGUGGAACCCGGCCGAGUGGGCCUGGCUGGAGUGCUUCUCAACCACCAUCAAAACCGCUGAGGCUCUGGCUAAGGGGGCCCAGUUCCCAGAAUCCUUCACGGUCCCGGACCUGGAGCCUGUGCCGGAGGAUGAGCUUGCACUCCUGAUGGAUAACGGCAAAUGGAUCAACGGGAUGGAUGAACAGAUUAUGUCCUGGGCGACGUCGCGGCCUGAGGAUUGGCACCUCGGUGGGAAAUGCGAUGUGUACCUUUGGGGAGCCGGCCGGCAUGGGCAGUUGGCCGAGGCUGGCCGCAACAUCCUGGUCCCCGUGUCAGCGCCUUCCUUUUCGCAAGCUCAGCAGGUCAUCUGUGGUCAAAACUGUACGUUUGUUAUUCAAGCGAAUGGAACGGUUUUGGCUUGCGGAGAAGGGAGUUACGGUCGGCUGGGGCAAGGCAACUCGGACGACCUUCACGUCCUCACCGUGAUUUCGGCACUCCAAGGCUUUGUGGUAACCCAGCUGGUGACUUCUUGUGGCUCUGAUGGGCAUUCCAUGGCUUUAACGGAGAGCGGCGAAGUUUUCAGCUGGGGGGACGGCGAUUACGGCAAGCUGGGGCACGGCAACAGCGACCGGCAGCGCCGCCCCAGGCAGAUCGAGGCCCUGCAAGGAGAAGAAGUGGUGCAGAUGUCCUGCGGCUUCAAGCACUCCGCGGUGGUGACAGCUGACGGCAAGCUCUUCACCUUCGGGAACGGCGACUACGGCCGGCUGGGGCUGGGCAACACAUCCAACAAGAAGCUCCCUGAGAGAGUGACCGCCCUGGAAGGCUACCAGAUCGGAGAGGUGGCCUGUGGACUGAACCACACCAUAGCUGUGUCCACGGAUGGCUCGAUGGUCUGGGCGUUUGGUGACGGGGACUACGGGAAGCUUGGCCUGGGAAACUCCACGGCCAAAUCCUCACCACAGAAAGUAGAUAUUCUCUGUGGAAUUGGAAUCAAAAAAGUUGCGUGUGGGACCCAGUUUUCCGUGGCACUGACAAAAGAUGGGCACGUGUACACCUUUGGCCAAGACCGCCUGAUUGGCUUGCCAGAAGGCCGAGCCCGAAACCACAAUCGCCCGCAGCAAGUCCCAGCCUUAUCGGGAAUCUUUGUGGAAGAUAUCGCUGUCGGAGCCGAACACACCCUCGCCCUGACCUCUUCGGGGGACGUCUAUGCCUGGGGGAGCAACUCGGAAGGGCAGCUUGGACUGGGCCAUACCAAUCACGUCCGGGAGCCAACGCUAAUUACUUCUCUGCAAGGAAAGAAUGUCCGACAGAUUUCUGUGGGGCGCUGCCACAGUGCUGCGUGGACGGCUCCGCCUGUUCCCCCCCGAGCCCCAGGUGUGUCCGUCCCGCUGCAGCUCGGCUUACCCGACGCCAUCCCGCCGCAGUACGGGGCGCUGAAGGAAGUGAGCAUCCACACCGUCCGAGCCAGGCUGAGGCUGCUGUACCACUUCUCGGACCUCAUGUAUUCUUCCUGGCGCCUGCUGAAUCUCAGUCCCAAUAACCAGAACAGCACGUCCCAUUACAACGCGGGAACGUGGGGAAUAGUCCAGGGGCAGCUGAGGCCGCUGCUUGCACCAAGGGUCUACACGCUCCCCAUGGUGCGCUCCAUUGGGAAGACAAUGGUUCAAGGGAAGAACUAUGGGCCGCAGAUCACCGUCAAAAGGAUCUCGACGAGAGGUCGGAAGUGCAAGCCAAUUUUUGUCCAGAUCGCCCGGCAGGUUGUCAAGCUCAACGCCUCCGACCUCCGCUUGCCCUCCCGUGCCUGGAAAGUGAAGCUGGUGGGCGAAGGCGCAGACGAUGCUGGGGGCGUCUUUGAUGACACCAUCACGGAAAUGUGCCAGGAACUUGAAACGGGUAUCGUAGACCUUCUGAUUCCUUCCCCCAACGCAACAGCAGAAGUCGGCUACAACAGAGAUCGGUUCCUCUUCAACCCUUCCGCCUGCUUAGACGAGCACCUGCUGCAGUUCAAGUUUCUGGGCAUCCUGAUGGGCGUGGCCAUCCGGACCAAGAAGCCUCUGGACCUCCACCUGGCCCCCAUGGUCUGGAAGCAGCUCUGCUGCAUCCCGCUGGCCCUGGAGGAUCUCGAAGAGGUGGAUCUUCUCUACGUGCAGACCCUGAACAGCAUUCUUCACAUUGAAGACAGUGGGAUCAUGGAGGAGAAUUUCCACGAGAUGAUUCCUCUGGAUUCUUUUGUGGGCCAGAGUGCUGAUGGGAAGAUGGUUCCCAUAAUCCCUGGUGGGAACAGCAUCCCCCUGACCUUUUCGAACAGGAAGGAAUACGUGGAGAGGGCCAUUGAGUACAGACUCCACGAAAUGGACCGUCAGGUGGCUGCCGUGCGGGAGGGGAUGUCUUGGAUCGUCCCGGUCCCCUUGCUCUCCCUCCUGACCGCGAAGCAGCUGGAGCAGAUGGUCUGUGGGAUGCCUGAGAUUUCCGUGGACGUCCUGAAGAAGGUGGUGCGAUACCGGGAGGUGGACGAGCAGCACCAGCUGGUCCAGUGGUUCUGGCACACCCUGGAAGAGUUUUCCAACGAGGAGCGGGUGCUUUUCAUGAGGUUCGUGUCGGGGAGAUCUCGCCUCCCAGCCAACACCGCCGACAUUUCUCAGCGUUUCCAAAUAAUGAAGGUUGAUCGGCCUUACGACAGCUUGCCUACCUCACAGACCUGUUUCUUUCAACUGCGGCUCCCCCCUUAUUCUAGUCAGCUAAUCAUGGCCGAGCGUUUGCGCUAUGCAAUCAACAACUGCAGGUCUAUCGACAUGGACAAUUACAUGCUGUCCCGGAACGUGGACAACGCCGAGGGCUCCGACACCGAUUAUUAACUCUGUGCACAG